CGAGAUUUCUCUCUCUCUCCGUGUCGGAGUGACGCAGUUUUUAUUUAAAUGCUCAACUUCACGUUGCUUGUUUAACCCAGCGAAGAGCUUCAGAUGUGGAAAAGUAUUGAAUAUUGACUUCCUGUCGUCUGUAACUAAACUCCAAGGAUAGACUCCUCCUCCUCCCUCCUUGAGUUGUCCUGGGAAACACUAACAACUGCUGGAAAGCCGUCCCUGCUCGCCAAGGAGGACACACACGGGGAGGAAAAGUUACCCAGUGGUUCUGAUUCCUGUUGCUAACCCAGGACGUUUCUGUCCCAGCUCCGAACUCUGACUGCGGGGCCCCGUAUUGGGAGGAUUAUUAUGCGUUUAAAGGCUGCACCCUCUUCACACUGACUGAGCUUCAGCUGCCUGAGUGUCCAGGGACAUGAAACUCAAUCCACAGCAAGCUCCUUUGUAUCAGGGUCGAUGUGUUGUCACAGUGCAGCUUUCCGACGAAGAGCUGGCUGCAGAUGAUCGGGGAGUGGACUACUUCCUGCUGUUCGCCGGCAGCACACAGAGGCAUCUAACCAGCACCCUGAGGAGCAGCCAUGACACCUUACAGGCGUUAUGUCCCGCUCACAACUGCUGCGAGGUGGUGUUGGUCACCUUGUGUUCUGCCACCCAGACGCCCUCCAGGUACCCUGAGAAGCCAGCGUCCUGCCCAGGGACCGUGGCUCCAUUGGCCGAGCAUCGAUUCAGCUUUGUCCAGGAUUUGGCUUUUGACAUGGCCCAGUUCUUGGUGAGCACAGCGGGCCGGGCCGACGGCCUCGACGGGGCCCUGCUCCUUGAUGAGUGUCAGAUUCCAGUGCAAGAGUGUGAACGCCUGGAUGAGAGCCUGGCACUGGCCCUCCACCACCUCGUGUUGCCUCCGGGAUGGAGUCUACUGGGGAGCAAACAGACCAACAGCACUGACCUGAGCCCUCAGGAGACUCUGCUGCAUUUCUCGGCGCGGCGUGGCCUUUCUCGGGUGACCCGCUUUCUGCUGUGGCAACCCGGAGCCAGGGAAGCCCUUCAAUUGGUCAACAAAGAAGGUCACAGCCCGGCUGCCGUGGCGGCACAGCGAGGACAUGAGCAUCUCCGUGAGCUCCUCACAAAGGCCGAGACGGAGGCGGGCGAGGCGCCUGAAACUCUCCAGCUGGUGUCUGCGGAUGCUCGGGUGUGCUGCAACUCCCCCACGCUGAACACACACACUCUGACGGUGAGCAUUCGCCCUGGCCGCAGCGCGCCGACCCUUCAGGAGAGCGUGGAAUAUCUUCUGCACUUUUUAGGCCACCUCCAUGCCAAGGGAGUUUCUGUCUUGGAGCUGCAGUUGGACUCACUCCACACUGCUGCUGAGUGUUGUGACGGUGUGAAAACAGACUUAACCUGUCAGGAGCGACUCCAGCAACUCCACUCAACGUCAGAGUGCUUGCUUUCAGAAAUCGGAGGGAGCAAGGGAGAAAGGAUCAAAGAGGAGAGCGGCAACUCCAUCGUAGGUGAACUCGGCAAGACUCGUAACUCUGAGAAAGACGAAAGUUUGCCUCUGGCGUCAGAAAUCCCUCGCCAGCAUCACGACCUGGAACCCCAGAGGGACGGGGUGUGUCUCAGUUCAAACUCUGAGGGAAAAGGCUGCCAAGGGGAGCGGGAAGGGAGGGGUGACUCCUGUCCCGGGUUGAAUUUGUGUGACAGGAGUGAAGGGGCACAGGGUGAGGCUGAAGGGGAAAGCGUCACUGUGGGAAAUGUCCCAGCAGAAGGCUGCGGUAAACAGACAGAGGAAGCUGUGAUCCGGGAAGAACAGGAGGCUGGGGAGAGAGAGGAGCAGGAAGCGGGAGACGGCGCAGCCACGAGGGGAGAGGAGGAGGGCGGAUCAGAGCACACGGUUCUGACAACAGCCAGCGGAGACUCUUCGGUCAUGGGCCAGUCUCCGUUGUCAGGUAGUUCUGAACUUUUAAACUCCUCUGAAUCAGAAACAAAGCUGAGAUCUCAAGAUGGAGAUAACAUUGAGGAAGAACAAACAGAACUUCCCCAAGAACCCUUUGAUGGGUUCAAUCCAGAUGAGAAGGAAGAAAAGGAGGUUGGGAAGGAAGAGUUAAUGGACCCCAUUUCAACCUCAAGAGACCUCCCCGACCCAUCGGCAAUAGCCUGCGGUGAUGUAAUCGAGCGGCGUCAAUCUGCUAUUCCACUACUGCUGAUAGAAGGCCUCCGUGAGGGGGAACCUCCGCCAGACAUAAACAGCCAAGAACAAAACCAGGGAACAGCUGGUCAGGAUUACGCAGCGGAGCAGGAGCAGGGCUCCGGUCCAGAAGCUGCCCGUCAUUCUGGGACUGACACUGGAGCUGAGAGCAACAGCGAAGACGCCACCAAACUCCAAGAUUUUGCUCUGGACGAACCCAAGCGCUUCGAUUUUUGGGUUUUGAACAGUGCCGAGGAAGAAACACGGACUGACCAGUCUUCACCAGGAAAUAUGCUCACUAAGAGGAAGGCUGACCAGGAUUCAGGCGUGGCACACCGUGUCUCCAGUGACGACGAAGGAAGCUUUAGAUCUUUUGGAAGUUCUUCAACGGAAAUAUUUCACCCUACUGAGGAUAACAGCACCAUGCAGGAGGGAGAUCAAACUAUGAACAUAGAUAUAUCCUCAACAGGAUGUACCGAGGACUCAAAUGAUCUAACACCCAGCGUAAACCAUGAACACCCACCAGGUGACAACAAUGAGCUUUUGUUGAAUGCUGGUACCGUCAGUUCCCUGAACCCUUCAGUUGGUAGUAGAGAUGAGUUGGAGUAUGAAUCAGGGCUGCUAGAUGACUUUAAGACAAUGGAUUGCUUGAUUCCUGAAAGUUGUGAGGAACUGCUUAUAGAAUGUCCUGAACAGGAUUCAGUGUUGGAACCAAUUCCUUUAGUCAGUGAGGAUGUCCCUACUUCAGAAGCUGGUGAAGGUGACAUGAAGCAGUCUUGCAGCUCUGACGGGAAUAUUGACAUCCAGUCUGAAUCAGACGUCAAAGUCAAUGGCCCCGUCGAAGACGGUCAGCAGACUGACGCCAAUGAUAAACCAGAGGGAGCAGAGGAGAGCAGGAAUGUACAAACGCAACCUGAACAGGAUGACUUAAAGGAGACUGAGGACACGGGGUCGACUGAGGGUCAGCACACCAUCUCAGCACAGGAUGCUAAUCCUUCGUCAGACACCGUAGAUGGUAUCUCUUUGGAACUGGAACCACCUGCUGCUGUCGCUGAGUCAUCUGUGGAUACUCCUGUCAAGGAUCAGAUGGCUGGCAACCCAGAUUCUGCCGAUUCACUGGAUGGAGCGACGGAGAGCUGUGCGACUGCCGACCGAGAGGUGGAAGUCGACAAACCCGAGGACGCCGCGAGAUGCACGGGGGAGAAUGAAAACGGCCCAGCAGAGGGACCGGACUCCUCGACGAUCCACCGAGACAGAGAGGCGUCGUUCCACCAGACUUGCAACCCUCAGCACUCAGAAUCCUCGACGUCUUCGGCGUUCCCCAGUUUACCCCGCAGAACCAGCAGUUCCACCAGCUGCCCCUCGUCCACUCACAGAAACUCUGGCAGCGACAUCGAAAGCCUCCUGAAUGCAGAGCCAGGAUAUGACAGCAUCUUCGGAAAGAACGACGAGCCGGUGACGGGAGGAGACAGCACCAGCGAGGUCUCCGUCUCUUGCUCCUCCACAGACGACACCGCCAGCGUCGGCCCGUCCAGCUCCAGUCCGGAGGGCAGCCAGGGCCUGAGCGGCAGCUGGAGCCCAGAGGAGGGCAUCCAGUCUGAGGCUACCAACGCUGAAGGCCAGGACAGUUCUGCUGCUGCUGCUGGAGGAGGACCAGGAGGAGCAGGGGACGCUGAAGAAGAAGCAAAGGACAGAGUGAGUGAGGUGCCGCGCCGUUCCGGUCUCUUCAGGAACAGCAAGCGCUCUCUGUCGCCGCUUCGCCGCCACAGCUGGGGUCCAGGGAAGAACAACGGAGGAGAAUCAGAGAUGAACCAGAGGAGCUCCAUCCGUAGCCCUGGUGAGGGGAAGCCAGCCUUUCACAGGAGAAGCUACAGCUUAGAAGGGCUCAGUGGGAUCCAGGAAGAGCUGAGGGGCUCCACCAUCCAGGAGCCCCGCGACCUGGAGCGCUCCAGGAUGCCCCGGCACAACAGUGACGACAGGGGCUCCCUGGUGUCUCUGACGGAAGAGCAGGAGGAGCGGGAUGAGGACAGCAGGCUGCAGGAACAGAAAUUGCGGCGGUAUCGGCCGCUGAGGAACAGCUGUCCCUCCAUGACCCUUCCACUCACCAAGUCCAUUUCCAUGGUCACCAUCAGCCACAAAGACAGCGAUGGUGUGAGGUUGUUUUCCAACCCCUCCGGGUCAGUAGCUUACAGUAUAUCGGAGGAAGAGCCGGGGCCUCUGCGGAGCGACACGGAGGGGAGGAACACGACCAAAGUCAGCCGGACCUUCAGCUACCUCAAGAACAAGAUGUACAAAAAAACCCGGGAAAAAGACAGAGACAAAAGGGACAAAGACAAAGAAAGCAAGGAGAAGGACAAGAAGGCCGUGAACGGACACCUUUACACACCAGUCAGCUCGAACCAGUCCCUCCAGUGCUCCCAGUGCAAUAAAGCUUUUAAUGGCAAAGAGGCGUUCUGUUGUACAUACUGUAAUGCAUCCGUCCACAAGGGCUGCAGGGACAGCAUGCCUGUUUGUGCCAACGUGAAGAUGAAGUUGCCCAAACAGCAGUUUGCAGUGCCAGAUUCCAGCGCUCCGUGCUCUGUUCCUGGCGUCACAAUGAGGAACAAAGCUGGUGGGACGAGGGACCGUCCCAGGUCAGCCAUCUUGAGCCCCGAAGACAAUCUUCCCCUGAUGGUCCCAGGAUCACGGAGACACACCAGCAUCAUGACGUUCCCUGGAAACAAUCUGUCAAAGAGCCUCUCGAUUAGCAACAUCGCAGGCCCAUUUGAUGACAUCCCCAUCAAAGGCCUGCGCUACCUUUCUCAGUCCACGGACUCGCUCAACAGAACCAACCAGGUCACAGAAUCCAUGGAGUCGCUCACUGAUGAAGGGACGGAGAUGAUGGACGCGCAGCUUCUGGGGGAGUUCGAGGCGAACGCCAAAGAGUUCGAAGCAGACUCGUGGAGUCUGUGCGUGGAGCAGCAGUACCUGCAGCAGCAGAACAAAGAGCUGGUCAAGAGACAAGACGUCAUCUACGAGCUGAUGCAGACCGAGAUGCAUCACAUCCGGACGUUGCGCAUCAUGUCGGAGGUAUACAGCAAAGGCCUGCAGAAGGAGGUCCCGCUGGAACAGCACACGGCGGAGAAGAUGUUUCCGGCGCUGGACGACCUCCUGGACCUCCACUCGCAGCUCCUCCAGCGCCUCCUGGACCGAAAGAAGGAGAGCCAGCUGGAGGGGGGAGGCUCGGAGGGCGGCUUUGUCAUCAACAGGAUAGGAGACAUUCUGGUCAGCCAGUUCUCGGGAUCCAACGGCGAAAGUAUGAAGAGGGUUUACGGGAAAUUCUGCAGCCGCCACAACGAAGCCGUCAACGUCUACAAGGACCUCAUGAACAAAAACAAAAACUUUAAAACCUUCAUCAAAAAAAAGAGAAGUAGCAGCACUGUGCGGAGGCUUGACGUCCCAGAAUGCAUCCUGCUGGUGACCCAGCGGAUCACAAAGUACCCUGUGCUGAUUCAGAGAAUGCUGUCGCACACGACAGACACGGACGAGGACUAUGUUGACCUGAGCGAGGCCAUCCGGUUGGUGAAGGAGGUGAUCGCCGCCGUCGACAGCAAGGUGAACGAGCACGAAAAGAAGCGGCGCCUGAAGGAGUUCCACAGCCGCAUGGACAGCAAGUCCAUCAUGAUCCUGAAAAGCGGCCAGUUCUUCGCCAGGGAGGACCUGCUGAGGCGGAAGCUGAUCCACGACGGAGCGCUGCAGCUGAAGAACACACAGGGAAGACUAAAAGACGUUCAAGCUCUCCUGCUAUCGGACGUCUUGGUCUUCCUUCAAGAGAAGGACCAGAAAUACGUCUUUGCCAUGCUGGACCAGCGCUCCACGGUCAUCUCCCUCCAGAAGCUGAUCGUCCGGGAAGUCGCCAACAAGGAGCGCGGCCUCUUCCUCAUCACGGCGGGCACAGAGAAGCCGGAGAUGACGGAGGUCCUGGCCAGCUCCAAGGAGGAACGCAACACCUGGAUGCAGCUCAUCCAGACCGCCAUGCAGUCCAUGGAGAAAGACGAGGACGAGGGGAUCCCCAGUGAGACGGAAGACGACAAAAGACAAUUAGAGAGCAAAGCCAAAGAGAUGAGAGAUAUGUUGAAGCAGAAAGAUACGGAGAUUAUGUCUCUGCUGGAGGAGAAGGUGCGGCUCUUCAGGGAGAUGUGGGAGGGCCUGAGCCCAGGCGAGGAGGCCUGCAGGCAGGUCGAGCCUUUCUUCAGGUCAGCCUGCAGCCAGGAGCCGCCUCAGGGGGCGUCCAUCAUGAAAGACGCCCUGCAGGAAGUGGAGACGUUGCAGGCGCUGGUGAACGGCAGCCUGGGGGGAGCGAUGGCCAGCGUGCACGAGGGAGGAGCCUCCGGGCCCGUGUGCCUGCCCCGUCGGGCCGAGACGUUCGGAGGCUUCGACAGUCACCAGAUGCACGGCGGCAAGAGUGGAGACGGAGACGAGAGCGAGGACGCGGUGGGAGACCUGCGCAGGACGGAGUCGGACAGCGUUUUGAAGAAGGGAGGAAACGCCAACCUGGUGCAGCUACUGAAGAGGAACAGUGAGCAGGUCCUCCACAGCGUCUCCAACCUGCAUCUCCUGCUCAGCACUCUGCAGGCGGUGGUGGUCCAGCAGGACAGCUACAUCGAGGACCAGCGACAGGCCCUGAGCGAGCGCUCCUCCUCGUGCUCGUCGCUGUCGCGCCAGUCGUCGCGGCCCAGCUCGCUGAUCGAGCAGGAGAAGCAGCGCAGCCUGGAGAAGCAGCGACAGGAGCUGGCCUCCCUGCAGAGGCAGCAGGCCGCUCUGGCCGAGGAGAGGCGGAGGAGGGAGAGAGAGUGGGAGCUGAGGGAGCAGCAGCUCUCCGACAGAGAGUCCACGGUGCACCUGCAGGAGGAGGAGGUGCAGAAGCAGCAUAAGCAGCUCGACGAGGAGAGGAAAGAGCUGCAGAGCAAGAAGGAAGAGUACCAAAGAGACCUGGAGAGGCUGAGAGACGCCCAGAGGAAGCUGGAGAAGGAGAGGGAGGCCGUGCAGCGGCAAAUCCACAGGAUGGAAGAGCUGCGGCCGUCUGAGAGGACUCCCUCCACGACGUCCGACGAAUCCCUGUUCCUGGGCAGCUCCCAGUCCCUGGAGCUGGACCCCCUGGAGCUCUCCUCCUCCUCGUCUUCGUCCUCCACCCUGCUCAGGCUGCAGCCCCAAGGCUCCAAGGCCAGCAGGAAGGGCCUGAACCCGUUCACCUCGUCGUCCUCCGGCAGCCUCAAGAGCUCCGAGGCCAACAGCCACAUCUCCAAGGGCUUCCUGCAGCUGACCAAGACCAAGAGCAAAGACGGGAAGAAGAAGAAGAAGAGCAAAGGCGGCAGCGCGCAGGCGGCAGAUCAGACAGACGCAGCAGAGAGAGAGAGAGAGAGGAAUCAAGAAAAAAGAAAGAUUUGACCCUCAACAUGUUCCCGAGCCCCCCAUGGACGGAGAGAUCUUCUUCUGCUAAGACUCUGCAGCGGCGACUCCAUCGUCGCUCUCGACAACCCGGAGUCGACGUGUUCCUGCGCACUUUCUCAGUACGACAUGUAGCACAGACUGCCCCUCCGUUUGGAUUUUCGUUGAGAGGUGCAACCAAGAAGCCUUUUGUUUUGCUUUUCUCGAGGCUGGUACUGCUUCCUAUGUUCGGCUCAUUCCCAGAUUCUUUAUGGAAUGUAAGCGAUGGAAGAAGUAAUAAAAGCACACCACACAUAAAAGAAAAAACAAAAACGUGCUGCAUUUUGAAUCCGAUAGAGAGAGAAACGACAAGAUGAGUCCAUCCAUUAUGCAUCAGAGCAUAUGUUCCGGCUUUAUUCCUCGCUGUAAAAGAGCACUGAACUGGGAGAGGCAUUUAAAGACCCAACGGAAAACUUAGUUUUUAUGGAAUUGAGGAAUUUAUGUAUAAGGCAAAAAGGAAAAAUUGUGGAUUUGACAUCACCAAUCAGAGCCAAUCAAAAGAACAUGGGACAAUUGCCACAACUCUUGACCAAUUGAUCAAUGCAUCUCUACUUGUAAUCUAAAGUGAAAACCACUGCUUUUAUUCUGUUGUCUCCACAAGCUAGACUCUUUUUUUUUUUUUUUUCCGGUGCACGAACGCCCGUUCAAAUCCAAACUCAAACUAAACCAAAAAUACUUUCUUUUAGUCUAGUUUCUAGUACAAAUAUCAUAGUAAACCUGAAAUAAGACAAAACCAACUCAUGAGUAACUUUUCAGCAAGAUAUAGGAGCUUGUUUUAAAUAAUCUAUUCCUUAAUAUUGAUGAAAAAAAGUGCCGGUUCCACUGGCAGGUUAUUUCACUUAUAACAUGGGAAAAAUGUCUUGUUCUAAGUUUAAUAAACUUGCUGAAAAGUAUCUUGUAAGUUAGUUUAGUCUUAUUUUAUGUGUACUAAUAUAUUUCCACUAAAAACUAGACCAAAGUAACUUGGUAAGAUUUUGGUUUUUUGCAGUGCAGGAACAGAUUAGCGCUUCACCGCAACAUUUUUGACACUGAUCACUUUUCAUAACAGUUAAUCGACGGCUGAAAAAAAAAAAAAAGCACUGAAGGGCCUCGUGUUGUCCUGGCAACAUUAUCUUUUUUAUCACAAGGAGCUGCUGCCUCUCUGUUUCACUCCUAACAAAUCACAUCACACAUUACAACCACUUUCUUGUAUUUUUUGCUGCCGCCAGAUUGUAAGCUAAACGGACGCGGCGAACGACGAGUUAAGCAAUCCGCGGCGGCUUUACGCCGUCCAUCACGGUUCCUGAUGAGGUUGUAAUUUAUUUAAAUUGGGGAUGUCUCCAUUUUGGAGUGAAACUCUUAAGACUCCGCUGUAAUGAAAGGAUUGAGACGCGCGCUAUCUCUCCGUGUCAAACGGCUCAAUUCAUAUCCUUUUAGCGUGUUGUAGAACGUUGGAUGGAUAUUAGCUUGAUCCCGGCGUUAUCUGCCUGUCAAUGAGCUUUUAUGCGGCCCUCAUCUUUCAUCCGAGCCCAGACUACUGGAGGGGAGGCAGCGGGGUGGGAGGGAGGUUUUACUUUUGUGUUUUAAUUGCAUGUAACUCCGCAGGUAGCAUACUAAUGGCUGCGGUUGAAGCAUUCGCUCUAUUUUUUUUUAUUUCUGCUUUUGGCUCUGAUUAGAAAGUCUGUAAACGGAAGCUACACGGCAAAACCACAAAGCCUUUGGUCCAGUUUCUAGUGCCAAUAUCUCAGUACAUUUGAUGAGACAAAACUACCUUGCAAGUAACUUUUCAGCAAGUUAUAGGAGCUUGUUUUAUGUCAAUAAUUCCUUAAUAUUGAUGAGAAAGUGCUAAUUCCACUGACAGAUUAUUUCAGUGAUAAGAUGCUGUAGGUGAAAUAAUCUGCCAGUGGAAGAAGUAGUUUUUCAUCAACUAAUUAUUGACCGAUAUGCUGAGAGAUUCGCACUGGAAACUAGAUGAAAAUAACUUGGUAAGGUUUUAUGUUUUUGCAGUGUGCCGGUGGGUUUAAAGAAGUGAAAGUAGGAAACACAAAAGCCACUAGACUAAAGCUUCUCAUUUCACAGAGUUCACUCUGUAUUUCUAAGCACUUUUUGGUCCCAAAACAUUGAUACAUCUUUUAUUUUAUGUCAGUAUAGAUUUUUUUAUGUUUGUUUAUUAUUUGAAAUCCAGUUGAACAACAAUCCAAAGAGACACCAUGUGUUCAAGUGUAUAAAAUAUGUAGUUUGUUUUUGUUUGAGUUCUUUUAUUUUUUUUCCUACAGUGCAAACUGCACUGUUUGUUCCUCCAAACCUAGAUUUGUAGGCUGUACAGUUUACCUGCUGGACAGGUAGGAUGAAGAAACAAA